CGCGAAUCAAGAUCGGCCUAGACCAGGCGCCUUGACGCCGAUGUCUGUUCUGGACGAGCGCCCGCUGUCCAGGGAGGAGCGGUAUGCUGCGGCAAGAAGGCGAUGGCGCGCACAACACAGGUCGUCGUCGUCGCGGUCGCACUCGCGAUCAACUCGCUCAUCGCGAUCUUCGCGCUCUCGCUCAUCGUCACACUCUCGGUCUCGGUCUCGGUCUCGCCGGACAUCUCACGCAUCCACCUCCAGCCCGAGAAGCCUCCUACCCCGCUCCCACAUGCAGACCCGUCGUCAUCGUCCCUGGACUCGUGUGCUGUCGCAGAAGCUGCCAGCACCUUUCCUGAUCCUCAACCUGCGCAGCUGAUUGCAGGAGACACCGGCGAGGCAGGGAGCAGGGGCGGCAAGCGAAAGCGGCGGCGGAUGCGCAAGAAAAUUCGUAUCUCGCGCUCCGAGGCACACCGGCUUGCUGCUCGCGCCAGUGAUGGCGAGAACGCCACGGCUUCGUCGUCGAGCUCCGAUCUGCCCUUGGGUACCGACCCGAGCUCAAGUCCGGACGUGGCCUCGUCCAGCACCAGAUCAGAGCUCGAGAUUCCGCGCGAGGCCGAGGCCGAUCCUGCAGCAGACUAUACUGUGGGCCAGGCCGCGGCGAGGCCCGAAGCGGCCAAACAAAGCGAGAUCCGGCCGCGCAAGGUCCACCCGCUCCCGCCGGGCCUGCCGUUCCGGGGAUACAGCGCGAGCAAUCCGAUUGACGUUGCGGUUUAUCGCGCCAUGGCUGACGUCGGCCCCCCGCUUGAUGUGCUCAAGCGUGGUGCUGGCCAGUAUGUUGUCUUUGGCGAGGCUCAUCAUGUCCGCGUCAUCAACGACAAGGCGCUGCUCCGAGUCGGCGCAGCGUGGAUUCCCUUUGCCGAUCAUGUCCGCCACUACCGUGCCCGGUUCGCGUCGCCGUCCAAGGCCACAGGCGCUGCUCCGGCACGGGCUUGGGAGGCUGUCGCGUGAGCGUCUUCGACGAUGAUGGAUGUGCCGUUGCACGAGGCCGAGAGCAUGCGUGUGUGAGGUGUCUGUGGCGUCUCGGAAACCGAAAGCGACCGGAUGCGUCGGCGAGAAUUGACCCAGGCCGGCUGUUCUAAUGCGCGUGACGCCAGUGAGACCGACAGCGACCGCGACUGCGACCGCGACUGCGACCGCGACGGC